CAGCACAGACUGCUUUUGAAUGGGUGACAAUCUCAGAAAGCUGUGCAAAGUGCUUAGAGAAUCACAAUGAACAAACAACUGAAUGUGAGUAUAUACUGCAAGGUUAUGCCAGAAUGGUUUGAUGUGAUCAGAAGCAGUAAGUGAUUUUUAACUUUAUUGACAGAACGGGUGAGAGCAGUCCUGCAGUACCAUGUACAUCCUUAUGUCUGCCUUUCAUAGAACUGACAAAUUUGAGAUGCCUUUUAAAAAGAGACACAGAUUUAAUAAGGGGAGGUAGAAAAAUGCUCUACAGUGAGAACCCUAAAGAUCUCAGUCUGUUUAAUUUGUGAAGAAGAAAAGCAAGUGUGAGAAUAACUUUCCUGAAAUGUCAUGACAGGUAUUAAAAAGCUCUUUAAUCUUGCUGAGAAAGGCAAAGCAAGGACCAGCAGCUGUAAGUUGAUGCCAGACCAAUUCAAAUUAGAAAGGAGAAAUGCCUUUUUAAGUGAUGAUGAUUUAAUAUUGGAACAGGAUAUCAAAAGAAGCGAUUAUUUCUCAAUCACAUAUCAUGACUAGAUGCUUUUCUUCUGGGAGUUACGCUUUAGCCAAGCAUACAUUGUGCUUGGGAAGAACACAGAUGACUGGUCUUCACAUGCAGAUAACAGGGUGAAAUGUAGUAGCUGAUGAUAUACAGGUGUGAUUAAAUGUUCCAGCUGCCCGUUGUGGCCGUACACUCAGUGACUCUCCAAUAUGCUGAGCUGACCUGGCUUAAGACUGGUAAAACACAUUGUAGUGGCAUCCAGAAACCUGACUAGGUAUGUUUCUAUAGGAAACGAGGUCAUUGCAGUAGACUGGAAAGGACUGAAAGAUGUGGACCAAAUCAAUAUGGACAGCACCAGUUCAUUGCAUGGCAGCAGCUUCCAUCGACCUUCCACUGAGCAAACACGGACAGAUUUUUCCUGGGAUGGCAUUAAUCUCUCCAUGGAAGAUACGACCUCCAUCCUCCCCAAGCUGAAACGCAACUCCAAUGCUUAUGGGAUUGGGGCUUUGGCUAAAUCAUCUUUCUCUGGCCCCUUAGGGAUAUCCCGCAGCAUGAAGGACCAUGUCACUAAGCCAACGGCUAUGGGCCAAGGCCGCGUGGCUCACAUGAUUGAAUGGCAAGGCUGGGGUAAAGCUAACAGCCAGCAGCAGCAGCACACGCAUGAGACAGCACGCAAAGAUGCUGAUGCCUACUCAGACCUGAGUGACGGUGAAAAGGAGGCACGGUUCCUUGCAGGAGUGAUGGAGCAAUUUGCUAUUUCUGAGGCAACUCUCAUGGCUUGGUCUUCCAUGGAUGGUGAGGAUGUAAGUGUAAACUCAAAUCAGGAUAAUCCAGCAGGCAACUACUCCGACAACUAUCAGGAGCUAAUGGAGAGCCAAGAGCACAUGGCCCAGACGCAGUAUGAUAGCUGGCCUCAUUCCUAUGUCUCACAGGGCAUGUAUUGCUUAGGUUCAUCUGAUGCCUGGGAGACCAGUGACCAGUCCCUAAUUGCUUCCCCAGCAGCUGGCUCCUACUUAGGCCAGAAUUUUGAUGACUCCCAGACAAACCUUCAGGAAAGCAUUUUGAUUCAGAGCAGCCUCAUCCAGCAGCAACAGCUGCAGCAACAGCGACAGCAGCAGAACUUCAUCCAGAGCACAGGGCUGGUCCACGUGUGGCCCCUGCAGACUGCUCAGGGUGGGGGUGGUGCUGAGUCUAGCGCCUAUAUGGAGGACCAUGUUGAGGAUGAAGGGAACCCACGGCUGGAGAAGGCUCCUCUCCUAAACAAGAAGCCCUCUCCAGAGGAGGAUGAUGCAGUGUGCCGGGACCUAGAAUCGCUGUCUCCUAGGGAGGAGCUGGAGCAUGCUGCACUGAGCCGCAAAGUCUCAGAUGUCACCUCUUCUGGGGUGCAGUCCUUUGAUGAGGAAGAGGGAGAAACAAACAACUGAUGCUUUCUGUGAAGUUCUCAUCACUGCUAAACAAAGAAAGGGGUGGCAAGGAAUGAAAUGACAGGGAUUCUUCUCUCCAACUUCCCGGACUUCCAAGCAGACACACUUUCCAUUCCUGACAUUUAAUUCUUUUUUAAAUAAGAGGAAAGUCUGAAAGUGAUUGACAGAUGAAGACCUCUUCUUCCCCUUCACCAUGGACACAUAUUUCUGAGUUUCAUUGCUCUGGGCAACAUACAAGAAGUGCUUGGAGAAAUCUGGAUUGGUAAAUCAUUUCUAAAUAUUUUUAAUACAAAGCUUUCACUCUGGAUACAAACUCUUCUGAUACUGGGGAUGUGGCUGAUGAGACAGGCUUGAUAUGGGAAGUGGCUAUGUGGCUAGGAUCCAUCUUGACAGAAUGAAAGUUGCUUCGUGGAUGCAGUCCCCUUUGAUAGAAUAUGUGAUUAUAGACUGUUUUAAACUGAAGAUAUGGCUUUACAAAUAUAGAUUGCACUAGUAUAGUGAAUCAUGGCUGGUGCAGAGGAUAAGGCUGUAUUCAGUAUAGACUGUACUGAGAUGAAGGACUGGCUCUGUAACCAGAUCCUCAAUAGCACCUUGGUAUGAAAUUGUAGGCUCAAUGGAUACAGACCGCACUCCAUGGACACGGGCUGUGCUGCAGUAUAGAUAUUGUGGCUUUGUGGGCAUGGCUCUACUGUGGCAUGGAGGAAUGGAUGUGGAUACAAAUCUAACUCUGCUUUCAGAUACUCAUGCUUUGGUGUCUUUCUAAUCUUUUGUUUAUUUGUUUCUCCCUUUGACAUUUCUACCUGCCCAGGAACUGGCAAGACUGGUGUGUCCUUUUUGUGCUUGGCACUGGAUGGGCACUGGCUGCCAGUGGAAAGAACAUUUUCAGCUACAGAGACAGUCAUAAAAAGCUAACUCUUGCAGGGGGCUUCAGAACAUGUCCAUCUUGCUGCUGCUGCUGUAUCCUUCUGUCUUUUCCUUUGCCAGCACUAAGACCCAGAGAGUAGACAGCAGAUCCAGGAACAGUGUGCACAGCUAUAGGAUCAAAAAUUUCCAGUUUGCCUGGGAAGUUUUGUGUAUUUCUUUUUUUUCUUUCUUUUCUUUUCUUUUUUUUUUUAAACAUUUUUAUACUAAUGGGUAAGCAUUCUUAACAAAGCAGUUAAUAUUGGGAAAGGUCUGUACUCCAGCCACCACUGAUCAGAAAUACUGCACCCUUCCCAUUUCUGCCACUCCUUCUGCAGUGCCAAAUGUAAAUGGAGGAAAAGGGGUGAGAGAGAAAAUUUUCUUCUCCUAUUUCUUUGUUCUUCUGGCUUAUAUUUUCUCCUUUUUUUUUCUCCCUCCAAACAAUGUAAAUUAUGCUUAGUACUUGGUCUGUUUCUUUUCCCCUUCCACUUCUUCUUUAGGAGUGGAGAAAGCUGGUUUCAGUUUUCUCUGUUUGUACAGGUUCAAUUUUUUUGUGUUAAAAAGCUUAUGAUUCGUUGUGUAAAGGGAAUCUGGUCUCUCACAGUUCCUUGCCAUUUUUCUACAGACAUUCUUUUUGGGGGAAGGGGCUUUGAAAGGAAAUUGAACAAACCAUCUCCUCUCAAGCUCUCGUCAGAAAAUAAAUGGGAGCAAAAUCAAACCAAACCAAAAAAAAUGUAUAAUGCUAUUGAUUUUGCUGGAGAGCUGAACAGAACCAGCAGAGAUUACACAAGUGUUAAGUUUUAAUUGUAAUACCACUUACAAGGAAGCCUCAGCAAAGCACGGGUUUAGAUCUGAUGCCAGAGAUGACCUAGAGAAAGGAAGGUGACUGGACACUGCCACACUAUCCCAGGGGCACCUCUUUUUCACUUACUCCAGCUCAUAUCUUCUCUGUUCAGUUCAUGAUACAUUUGUCUCUUCUUUGCCUUCUCUUCAGGCUUGAUACAUUGAUUGGAUGACAAGAGAGUGAUACAUGCUCCUUUCUUGAUUCAGGUUUAGACCUCAGCAUAUUUGCAGGAAGAAAAUCUGAGGAGAAUAAAAUGUGACCAAAAUAAUAUCAUCAAGGCUCAGAGUUCAGACAACUCCUGGCAAGCAAAGCAGAUUAUGUCCAGGAGUUAUGCAAAGUGUGAACGGGACUCUCAGAUAGGAUUUUAGCCCAUUCAGCUUUCCGCCACUUACACAUGCAGCUGCAUGAAGAUGGAACUCCUUCAUGAACUCCCAAGUCUUGCCAGCCAACUCCACUUCAAGCGGAUCUGUCUUUCCUCUCCAUUGCACCUGAAAGGAAAACACCUUUGGGAGACUUAAGUAAGACUGAUAAUUUGGGGUAGGUAAGAGAUAAAAGCUUUUGUGACCACCUUUUUUCCCCCAUUUCCUUGGGCUUGCCUACAUCUUUCUUAGGAGGUAGCUAUUCUCCUGAAUGAUGACCUUUCACUAUCUCUUUAAAGAUGUUUACACAUUCAGGUGCUAACCUCCUCUGGGCAGGAGGAUUUGAUGAAGAUGAUCUCCUACAGUUCUUGCAGGGGCAGUGCUAGCUCAAUAUUCUGAACAGGUCUGGUUCUAGUCGUGGAGCAGAGCUUAGGAAAUCAGCUAGCCAGAAAGGGGAGAUGGGGCAAGUGCAAAGGGCACCUUAGCCCAUGGUAGGACAAAUGAGUAAGUGUUAACUUUUUCUUACUGUAUUUUUUUUUUUAAAACCUUCAGGGUAACAAAAAUGGUCUGGUACAUUCCUUUGUGGGAGAAGGUUUGGGUGACUUGUUGCUUUUUUCUCAGAGCUAUUUUGUCCCCAUGUGCCUCUCCAGGACCAAUCUGGAUGUUUAUGGUAACUUUCAGUGUAGCUUCAAGCAAUCUCGCUCCCUCCAUAUCAUUUACGGGACUGGGACAAGUGGGUCAACUUGUCCAGGGCUUCUUUUUCUUUUAAUGUGGACAUGUCGUACAUUUACUGAGAUAAUCUGAUCAAUGUCUAAAAGAUGUACUUUUUCUCCAAGCAAGGGAGUGACAGGGAAACAUUAUACUACAUGGGAAAAAGUCUGAAAAAAUCCCCAAUCUAACAGAAAACUCUACAGAACUGAAUAGCAAGAGAAAACCUUUCUGUAGGGUUUUCUAAACUCUGUGGAAUGGGUAGAGAAUUAUAUCCUGCUGUGUAAUUCCAUAACCUGAUCUCUAGAAAGCUGUAGAUAGUCUUUCAUUCUCUGUGAAAUCUGCCUGGUUUGAAAAAUAAUCUCUAUAUAAACUUAUUAAUUUCAAGAUUACUAAAUUCUAUAAGACUUUUUCGUAAAGGUCUUCCCUUUCUGUGAAUAAAGCUCCUUUUCUUUUUUUUCUGAAAAAGGGAACAAGCUGUUUUUCAUGACCUCUCCACCAUCCAAAAGAGAAAUGUAUCUGCCUGUCCAGUUGCCAGGCUUGACUGGAGAGAGCAGUGUUGUGUAUCACCACUUGCUAUCUGUGUGAGCAUCCUCAGUUGAACUGGAAAGGCAGGUGGAAUCUCUUUGAAAAUGGAAAAAUGAUUUGUAUAACCUGGCUUUUUCUUAUGUAAUAGGCCUGCUGCCUGUGUGUAUCCAAUAUCAGAGGGAGGGGUCUGGAACCUACCGUACAUUUCCCAGAAAAGCCUUUAUUAUAUAGCUGCACCUUUUCAAGCAUAUGGAAGGCACAGGUGCUCUGUGAGCAAAAUUUGGCCUGCAGUUCCUUUAUCCUGGUGAGGAUGGAUGAGUUGGAGAGAGUCCAGCCAAAUACUCAGAGCCCAAACUGAAUUUGUGAGGCUGGCAAUAAGCAGGAAAGGUAAGCUGAAUACGCUUGAUCUAGAGUUACUAAGAAACUGAGCCCUGCUGUUCAUUUAUACAUUUAUACUCUUUGUAAAACACAGCUGCACUACAUAAAAAUGUGGGAAAUUGCAGCAAAGGUAGAAGAUUCCCCCUUUUUUUUCCUUCCCACUUUAAAGCCUUUGUCUUCAACAGGAGCUGCUGCUGUUAUUGUGCUGAACAUGAACGAACGCUUAAACAUAAGUGACCCUAAUUGAAAAAGAUCUCACAUUCCACUAUAAGAAAAGUUUCUCAUGUUCCUUUCCUCAGUUACUUAUGUCUAAUCAGUUACACUACUGCAUUUAAACCCGGAAAGUGGAUUGCGGGAGGAAUGGGGACACAGGGUUGGAAAAGUCUCAGCAGGAUUAUUAUAUUAAGAGUUGGAGCCAGUACUUUCAAUAAAUCCUAAUAAAGCAUGGGAAGUGACUGCCUCAGAGCAACCAAAGCAUAGGAGAUGGGGAUCUUUCAUUUCUAAGGUAUUGCUUUCAUGUUUCUCUUAUAUUGAGGACAACUGGGAGAAUUAAGGAAGUGCUGAAUGGUAUAUGGAAGAUUUUAUCCUCAAGGCCUUGAUAAAAGAAGGUAGCUUGGAAACUGAGGCACCUUCCUAGGUCACUGGCUUAGACCUCUACCUAUGUAGCAGUAGCAGUUGGAGCAGUCCCUGCAUGACUCUAUAUGUGAUUUGAUGAAUCUCAGAUUGAUUAACUGCCUCCUGCACUGCCCCGCUGCAUCCUUUUUCCAGUGGUGGUGUGGAGAAGGAAGCAGAGUUAGUACUUUUAUUCCUGUGAUUAUACAACUCAGGGAGAGGUCAGAUUUCACUUUCUUUAUCUAAAUGUAGUGGAGUCUUCCAUGUUCAGGCACCCUUCCUGUGCUUCAGUCACAUAAGGUCUCUACAGGCCCUGCUGUGCUUCACAGGACGGGUUUUUUCCCUUCAGGAGCUUAGAAUUAAAAUGACUUGGAUAAUCUUUGAACCUACGCAGCAUUUUGCUUAUUCAUUCUAAAACUCUAAGUCAAGGGACCAUGCUAGGAAAGCUUACAUAAGCUUUUAUUUAUAUAAAUCUAAAGCUUUCUUUACAAGCCUUGUGAGUUCUCUUCAACCCCAUUACCUCAGGCUCCGGGAUGGAGAAGUCAAUCUGCUUCUUUCAGUUUCUGUGCCUCUAAAUCAGCAUCUUCUUCUGGAAAGCUGCUGACAAGCUAUUUGCCUUCCCCUUCACCUUUUUUUCCUUACCUCACUAAGACAUCACCUUUCAUGGUACGCUUGCAGCAAAGAGGAGAGUUCAAUUAUACCUCUAAGCUGAUCAGAUUGCAAGCUGCUGUGAAAGAGGCAGUCCUGCCCUGACUGUGCUCACUUCUCACAGUCCUUGUACAGAUGCUGAUGCAUAACUGACCCCCCAGCAAGCUGGUGCAGAAAGUCACAAUGGUAGAAGUGAACCCUGCUGUAAAAGUCAAGAGGGAAGAGCUCUCAUGCAGAGAGCGAGCGAGCAAUGUUUUCAGCAGCAGCUGGCCUAUAUAUCAGAUUAAGUAAAUCAUGAAACUGCACUUUGAAAUGGCAUCUUCAUGAUGAGUUUAAGCUGCUGAAAGGGGCUGUCCUUUCUCCUCUUCUCCCUCACCACCAACUGGAUAUUUCUGCUGCCUAAGUAGCACCAGUACUAACAUUCAUUUAUCUGUACAGGAAUUGGUCCCAUUGAAAACUAACCCAGUCCUCUACCAAAAAGGAGGUUUCAGUGGGAUCAGCUCCUUGUGUUGGUUCACUUGGCUAGGCAAGCAUCACUGAGGACAGGUAAAACAUUAUGUCAAAGGAUACUUCUUUGGUUGGAGAUGCAACUUAAAAUGGUUUAAACUAAUCAAGACAUUUCUGUCUGAGAAGAAUAAACCCACCUGAACUACCAUGGGGAAUGUGUCCAUCCCCUAGUAUCUUCCUUCCUGUUUUCUUUAGAAUUUCUAGUAAUCCCUUAUUUGAACUGCUCUUUGCUGUUAUUUAACACCCUGCAAUUUCCCUCGUUGUUCCCUCCCCUUCCACAGGCUCCUCUGAGUUAACCCCUUGCGAUCAGGCAGGAGGAGAUGGGUAACUUGACAUGCAUCUGGAAUUCAUAAAAUUAACAUGCACAUCUCUCAUGCGCCCAGUGAUUACACUCCACAGCAGAUGAAGAUACUGAUGGAUCUUUUUCUGCAAUUGCAAGAGGCAGAGCCAUAUGAAGGAGUGAGAGACACAAUGGGAUUUUGGAGAAGGGCAGCUGUUGGAGGUGAGGUUCAUCCAUGUCUUUAAGCCAGUUCCAAGCUAGUGUGAGAUUCAGAAUGACUCUUCGCACCAAGGCAGAGUCUGUGUGAUAAACUAUGUCCAAAAAAGAAAAUUUAGUUGCAGGCUGAGGAAAGAUGGCUGGAGAGAAGAAAACUGCUCUCUUCAUUUGACAGAGGUAUGGUAAUGGGGCAAGGCAGGGUGCAACAGGACGGACCUGUAGACAGCUAUGUAUGCUCCAUGCAACAGCAAGGGGAAGUGUAGCCGGAGAGGGAGACACACUGAGGGAAAAGCUUGGGGGAAAGGACCAAGAAAAGCUUGAAGCUAUAGUUUACACAGAGGUAGAAGGCUUUCUGGAAGACUCUAAGAAUGGGAUCAGGCUGAUAAUUGCUAUAUAAGCUAUAGCUCCAGAACUGGCACAGCUCUUGGUACUCCUUAGUCCAAGCCAAACUUGUUUCUGUAAGACAGAGUGAUAGGACAGAGAUCCCUCUGAAUUUGAACAGCUACUGGCUUUAAAAAACAGCUCACAGCAUACUAAAUUCUGCUUCUUCAGAGGAUUCAUAUAAGAAAUACCCCCACAAAAGAACUCAGUCCUCAUCCAAAUGAAGUUAAUGUGGAUUCUGUCUUUAGUGGGAACCCCAAAUCUCUAAAUUUAGCUCAGUUUGCCUUAAGAAUUACAUUGGUAAUUGCCUAGAAAGAGAAAGAAAAGGAUAAAUAAAAGCCACCUCUAAACAUUGUGGAGACAGGGCAAGGCUGGCAUUAGUUGUUUGUACCCCUGAUUAGGGUCACAUCAAUCUAUUCAGUUUGCCAAAGUCCCUGCUCUCUUGCAAUCUAAAACCCUUCCUCCUAAUUUCUCCCAGAUUGAAUUUCUCUUAUUUCUUGUUCAGACAUUUCAAAACAGUCUUGCAUUUCCCUUAAACUAACUGCUUAACUUUUCCCAAAAGAAAGGAAACGAAAGGAAAGAAAAAAGAAAUCCAUUCCGAUACAGAGAUUAUCAGCAGCUGGUGUCCUUACAUCUAAAAAAGUAUAAAUAAGCAACAGUUUCAUUGAGAAUUUGAUCCCCACUCCCCUGAAGCAAUCUGACUAGGAAGGAUUGCUCUACUGCAGCUCAGGAAAAGGAAAAAUAAACAGGGAAAAUGUGAGGAAAAUAGUGCAUAUUAGAACUAAAGGUAUGCGGAGCAUAGCCUACAGUCAUUCAAGCACAAUCUCAAAAAAGAUUGCAAGCUGUAAAGUCAACAUCAGUUGCCUCUUUUAUAUCGUAGACUUUUCCCAGACUAAAUAGUAGUGAGUCUGCAUAGGAGCAGGAGAGACCAGUUCAACAUCUGUGCCAGAUCAGUGUUUCUCUUCAUCUCAGAACACGUCAUGGAGCCUGGACAAGAAUGCUAGAAACACUGUGCUCUCAGCAGCACAACCAGCAUUAUGAAUUUACUGGAUAGGGAUAAAGACAAAAUGGCUAUUAUUUUAGCAAAUGGACAUGGAACUUAGAACACUGCACUUAGACCAUUAGAGUCUAUUUAUGCCCUUGCACUGACUUUUUUCCCAGCAUAGGCAUAACGAAGUGCAGUCCUUUUCUUGGAAAUCAGAAGCUCUAUGAUCCUCAGUGUUGGUCUGCGCAUGUGUAAUAUGGACCAGAAGAGACUAUGCAAUAUAUUUUGCCAAAGCAGAUACACAUUGUUGGAAGAGGAAACAUUACAGUCAGGCCAAGGAUCUCUGAGAAAUGAUGUUUUUACUAAAACUCAUAGGGCCUUUUUUCUUAAAAUUAUGAAAUCUAGAUCAAGUAAGAUUUUUUUAAUGCAGUCAUCAAGGGACUUGCCUGCUGAUGAAUGAUAGCUCCUAUCUUCUAGGAAAAAAGGGGUUGCUGUGUUCUUUGAAAAGAAUGUUACUAAGCAUCCUCCUCUCCUCUUUUGAUCAGGCCCAUUUUAAAUGCCCUCUGAAACCCAGUCCUGUUUCUGCUUUCCCCUAAGGAAACAAACGUGCAUGCUAGUCUGGCAAAAGCAUCUAAAAAGGUUUUUCUCCAUCAUGAAGACAAGAUCAUGCAGCAAGUGUUACUUCUAGGGAGAUAAAAGCAUUUAGUUCAGGUUCACUAGCCUGCUGGACUGAUUUUCAUUAGGACUAAUUUCAUUUUCAUGGAAACCCAGUCGUAAACUGACGGUCAAAAGCUCAACACCUCUCUUCUAGAGUUCUGCUGAGCUUUCAUGAGACAAGUACAGGCAGACUUCCCUUCUUUUCAGGUGCUGUAUUUGUGAGCAAUGUGGCAAGCCAAAAGCUCUUUUGCAGGUACAUAUUCUUGUUUGGCUUUAUUUUUUCUUCUCUGGGUUGUGGGUAUUUUACAGGGAACAGGAUUUCUCUUGUUUCAUUUCUUUCUACAGAUGGGAGGGUGUAGAUGGGAGACAGGGCUUGGGAGGUACAAGGGUGGUGGAUGGGGGUCUCAUGGGUUGCAUAUGGAAUGAUUUCUUGAAGUAUAUUUAACUAAAAGUUUAAGGCUUCAAAUUUGGCAUUUUCAGUGUUUGAAACUGCUUUAGCAUAAGGGAAUGGGACAAUGGAGGCUGCAUCUGUGCAAUUUAAAGAGCCCCUCCCCCAUCUGUACACAUUUUCUGUAGGGGGAGGCUCAAUAUUGAUUAUUUGUAUUCUUUCAAGCUAGUGUUUACAGAGUCAAGGGGAAAAUACUGAAUGGAAGUCAAAUAGAAAGAGAAAGGGGCCCACUGUCGUAAGGUUCAUCUCACCUUGUCCCACAUGAGCCCUUAAUAAUGAAAAUGAGUCUGAUUUGCCUUUGGUCUUCCAGCUCCAAAACAUGUUUGCCUGAAAAUUUUUGUUGGAUAUUCUUUGCAUGUUUUGAUAAUAUGACUUAUGAGAUAGCACUUCCACAAAGAUAUAUAUAAAUACACACAUGUACAAACACAUACACACAUGUACACACACUACAUAUAGACUUAGGAAACUAUAUGGCAUUAUACACCUCCAUGCCUGUAUGUGGCAGCAACCACAGUAAAGAAGGGGAGGUAGUUCAAAAUAGCAUGUACAGUCCUUUAUGGAGUUGUUAUUAAAGAGAAUGUGGUCUUGCCAUCCUGGCUGGUGGAAGUGUUUUAUUUCUGUGGGACUGCUUCCAGGGGAGGUGCGUCUGAGGAAGGAGGAUCCUAGGAAGAGGGGUGGGUCUCAAUGAGAUAGGAUCAACACCUGAUGGGAGACCUUGAAAAUAAUCUGUGAUGGCUUGGAGAAACAUCCCAGAGUAGGAAAUACAUGAUGUAGUAUUUCUCAUUGAGAAGAUAAGAACAUCUUAUGUGUGGGCCUGUGGCUGGCUACCAUGCCACAAAUCCCAGGCCAUUGUGACAGGUUUGAUGAUAGGCAGUAUCACAUGGGUGGGAUCCUCCAGUUUAGGACAGAAUGAGUCUUCAUAUUAUACUGAAACAGCAUAUUACAGAUGAUACGCAUAAGAGUCAUUCAGGUACUGGUAAAAUGCAGAUGCCUUUGAUACAGAGUCUAACAGAAGUUUUGCAACAGCAGGUUAGGACAGAACACCAAGAGGAAGCUGAUGCUGUGGUGGCACAGGCACUGACCAUAAGUAACAAGACUUGGGCUUCACAUUUAAUUUUUAAAUCAGCACUUCUCAGGCUGCUGUCCUCAUAGUAGGCUGGGGAGUCGGUUGUUCCAGAUAAAAAGGAGCAAAAGGAGCACCUCUGGCACUUCCAACAUUUUUGUAUCAUCUGCUUGUUCCUAAAAGAACGGAAGACAUUAGGCCUGAUCCAGCAGUGCUUUAUCAUAUGAGAAUUUUAAGCUCUAGACAUGGAAGAUACCUAUUUCCUUAUGAAGGUACUUGCUUGCUCUUUUCCGUGCUAGUUCCUACAGCAGCUAAGCAGUGUCACUUGUCCUGCUUAGGACAUAUUUCACUUUCAAGGAUAUUUAGCUGAUCUGUACUCUCUACAUCCUAUUGGAAGUUGAUCUGAUUCCUCCCAGUUUAUGUUCCUUCGCUAUUGAAUAGUUUCCCAGCUAUUUCUUGGUAUCUAUGUCUGCAUAAUUAUGUUCAUAUAAUUUAGUUGUGACUUACAUAUUUAACUCCUCUAGGUAUUUUUUUCCUUUUUCUUCAGUCCUGCAAAUCCCCUAAUAGUUGUUCCUGUUUUUUCUCCAAAUAGCCUCUAAUUUGUCACUAUUUUUCUUGAAAUGUAGCAUCCUGAAUGGAAUAAGUUGUUCCACGUAUGUUUAAGACUUGAGCCUCUGGGAAAACAACAUAUCUCUGAACCCUGAAGUAAUACCUCAAUAUAGUAAAAAAAGUCUUUUUAUCUUCAUUUCACAUUAUGAUACAAAGAUGCUGUUCAGCUGCUGAGUGCUUCACCUACAGAUCUCUCUUAACCUUCAUACUAGUCUAGAUUUAUCCCUCAGUUAAGUAUGUCUCCUCUGGAUUUUUUUCCCUAGAUAAAUUAGCUGUGUAGCCCCAGCAUGAACCUCAUUCUCUGGUAUCUUCCCUAGUCUCUGAUAUGCACUGCCUUCUUAUUUUUCUGUUUAGACCAGAUGGCAAGUCUACCAGAUGUUUCUCUCAUGUUGCUUUUCUAUAAGCUCUCCUGUGUUACCUUCUUUCUCAAGUCAUUAAUGAAAGACAGUAAAUAGAAAGGGCUAAAGACAAUUGUUGCUGACAUCUCACUGGUGCAAUGCAUUGCCAGGUACCAGGACAUUUUUGAUACCAUCCUUCAAGCAGCUCCUGUGCCAGAGAAACUGCAGAUUGAAUUUGAGCAUAAGAUUGUGUGACGUGUUUGGUCAUAAUCCAACCAUCUCACAGCUCCCGUUUCUUUUCACAGCCCAUUUUGCUUAAGUGCACUGUAGAAGUUUGAGGGGAAAAAAGCAAUUUUUUUUUGGCAAGUAUAUUUCUCAUAAACCUUC